UAAAUUUCCCUUACAACCGUAUAACUCAUGUUUGAGAAGAAAAAUUUUUGUUAUCUCAGCAGUAUUAUUCAGCAUAAUUCUAUGUUCGUCUGCUGAAGGUAGCUGCGCUAAAAAACAAUUAACAAAGUCUCUUUUGCAUCAAAAUGAGAAACCUACAGACAUUCCAGUAAAGGAAUUAAAGUGUUCCAGUAUAAUGGAAUGUGCCAUGAAAUGCUACGACAACUGUGAGGGAUUUUUCUUCAACAUCCACAACGGCUUGUGUUCUUUGUACAACCAAAGAUUUGUAUCAAUGACGUUUGUGAACAACAAUGGGACUCAGGCCUACGAAGAUGUCAGUCGCCUUUUACCAGACUGUUAUGACGUCAUGAUGAAAGGAGGGAAAACCAAUAGAGUUUACACGAUACAACCACGUGACGCCGGUGGACCUAUCAACGUCUGGUGUGAAAUAUCCGACAAUCAAGGCUGGCUAGUUUUCCAGCGACGGACGGAUGGAUCGGUAAAUUUCGACAGAACUUGGAAUGAAUACAGAGACGGAUUUGGAGAUUUGAACAAUGAGUUCUGGUUGGGCAACACAAACAUCCAUCGUAUAACCAGACAGGGUCACUACGAUCUGACAAUUGACUUGGAAGACUUUGAAGGUAACACCAAGUACGCGCUGUAUAAGAACUUCUCCGUGGCUUCAGAGCAGGACUACUUCAGACUGAGUCUGGGCGAGUACAGCGGAAAUGCAGGUGACAGUUUUCAUAAGCACAGUGGGUACAACUUCACGACAAAAGACAGGGAUCUCGACACACAUCCUGACAAUAACUGUGCAGUAAGGUUCAGUGGAGGCUGGUGGUACAACCGUUGUCACAGUGCAAACCUGAAUGGCCUGUAUCUGAACGGAAGCCAGUCCUCUUACGCAGACGGGGUGAACUGGAAGGCAUGGCGAGGACUGCAUUAUUCCCUAAAGAGGACAACGAUGAAGAUUAGACCAAUGGAAUUCAAAAAUAACCAGGGAGACUAGACAUUGUUCCCUAAAGAGGACAGUGAUGAAGAUUAGACCAAUGACAUUCUAAAAUAACCGUGGAGACUAGACAUUGUUCACUAAAGAGGACAGUGAUGAAGAUUAGACCAAUGACAUUCUAAAAUAACCGUGGAGACUAGACAUUGUACUUUAAAGAGAAAAGUGAUUAAGAUUAGACCAAUGACAUUGUAAAAUAACCGUGGAGACCAGACAGUGUUCUCUAAAGAGGACAGUGUUGAAGAUUAGACCAAUGA